CCUGAGCUAAUUUCAAGUCUUUUACCACUCUUUUUCUUGAUCCCUGAAGGCUUGUGUUUAUUGAAUCUGAUCUUUAUUAAGUUUUAUCACCAGUUACUUGGAAUUAAGGCAGAAGAUGUCAAUUCAGUCACAUAAGGAUUCCCCACUCCAGCUUCAUCUUAAAAUUGAUCAAGACUGAUUUUGUAGUCAACAUUCUCAAACCUAGCUCAGUUAAAGAAAGAAAAAAAUGAUAAUGAUGAAGCAGCUUGAGGGACACAUUAUCCUCCUUGAUUGAUGAGCUGUCAGCUUAUGUCAAUUGGGAUCCUGUGGAGAAAUUUGUAAGCAACUGGAAGAGUUUACUGAUCUCUGGCCAGUUGUGAAAUUUGGCACUUGGUGUUCAGUUUUUUAAUGUGAAAGGAUUAACUGUAGAAUUGUGAGUCUCCACAUGUGGAUAAGGAAAACGUAGUCCCUUAACUCAGCUGUGACCAGCAGCUUUAAUCCACAUGUGGCUACAGAGAAGGCAAAGAAGGCUCUUGUCCAGCCAAGCUAACAUCCUUCAUUACCAUUGUGGCAGACAUCCUUAGUGAGCCCCCCCCCCCCCCCCCGGCCUGGGCUUUUGCUUAAUGUGUCUUUUUUCUUUUGCCUGAGAUGCUUCUCUAGCAAACACAGGCCAUGUCUACUCUACCCCAGCUAAAUGCAGAUGCGCAACAAAUGUUAGCAGACUCUUGUUUCUUCUUCUAACGACUAAAGACACCGAUGAGGGAUUCAGACAAAGAGCAAGUUGUUUUUGCCAGUACAGCCACUCACAGACAACAGCCAGCUAAACCACCAGCUAAUUACCCCCUGGGUCUCAGGCUUUCACUGGGGCCUUUAAAAAUACACAGAGCCAAAGUGAAGGCAGGACGCCAUUAACACUGCAUAAUGGAAGCAAACACUUAAUGUGUUUGCUUUGCCUGCCUGCUGACCACCUGCCUCCCCAUUCUACCAGGCAGGUAGCAUAUAUGGGAUGUCCUGGCUGCAGUCCUGCUGAGUGAACCUCUCUUUUGGGCCUGGACAUCUGUGAAUGUAAUCUCAGUCUCUGGGCACUGGCAGCAUGCAUCUCCUCUUCCUGCAGUUGCUUGUGCCAUGUCUACUCUUGCCUCUGGGGAAGGCAGGGCGAUGUGUGGAUGGCUGCCAAAGGCAGAGCUCUUUUUCCUUUGUGCUACUAGAAAGGGGUCGCAGAGAUCUCCACAUGGCCAACCAUGAGGACACGGAAGCCAAGCCAGAUCUGUUUGUGGCAGUGCCACACCUCAUAGAUACCAGCCUGGCUGGGGAAGGCCAGAGGCAGAGAGAGAAGAUGCUGUCCAGGCUUGGAAGACUCUGGAAGAAACCCGAGACAGAGCUUCACCCCACAAGGGAGGUGAAAAACAACCGUGUCCCAUCGGGGAUCCAGACCCUCCCUCAACCAGCAGAUGUGAGCAAAGUGGAAAGCUCGCCUCUCCAGGAGGAAGCCAAGAAGUUCUGGCAUCGCUUCAUGUUCAGAAAGGGCCCAUCCUCCCAGGGGGUCAUCUUGCCAAUUAAAAGCCAUGAAGUACACCGAGAGACCUGCAGGACCGUUCCCUUCAACCAGACCAUUGCUCAUGAGGACUGCGAAAAAGUUGUUGUCCAGAACAACCUUUGCUUUGGGAAAUGCGGUUCCAUUCAUUUUCCCGGAGAAGGAGCACAUCCCCACAACGUCUGCUCACACUGCUCACCCACCAAAUUCACCACCGUGCGCUUGAGGCUCAACUGUCCUAGCCCUACACCCGUGGUCAAGGUGGUGAUGCAUGUAGAAGAGUGCCAGUGCAUGGUGAAGACGGAGCACGGAGAGGGGCACCUCCUAUCGGCUGCUUUCCAGGAUCCUUUCGUUCCUGGGUUUCCAGCUUCAAAAGCAAUCCCCUGAUUAGCUUGGAAAACAAAACCCCAACAGAAAAAGUGAGGGCUGUCAAUCUGGAAAUGUUAACUGGGUUAUGUAAAACUCAAAGGAAAAUGGUUCUCUCUCUCUCUCUCUUUUUCAUUUGUAUUUAGACAGGAUCUUAUGUUUUUCAGGCUGGCCUCAAAUUUGCCAUGUGGCUAGGGAUGACUUUAAAUUUCUGAUCCACUUCCUGAGAGCUGGGAUUACAGGCAUGCGCCGUAGCACUGAGCUCUCAGAUUUUAAAAGCGAUUUUGCAUACUUCAAAGUUGCCUCUGAGACUGAGGAAAUAUUUUGAUUUUAUUGAAUGGUUCUUGCCACAGGUGUGGGAAGCAGCCUGCUUGGUGGCUCAUAUUUUUUUCUUUUCUUUUUGUACUCCCCCCAUUAAGUUUUCACAGUUGGUUAUCUGACUUUGAAGGAGGAAUGCUGAUGCUACUCUUAGCAGUUUACACAAGGAGGGGGCUCAAGCACUAGAAACCGAACCAUUCCCUGGAGUCUGAAGAAAAUGCGUGAAUAGUAUUAGAGUCAAAGGCUACUCAUGGACGUUACUAAGAAACUCAGUACUUCCCUAAAUACAUUGCGCGUCGUUUUAAAGGGAAAUAUGUGAAAUCUUCUACUCACAUGCCUUUGAAUCUGGAGCAAGCUGGGUUUCUAUGUUUGGACUUCUUACUGUUGUAUAAGAGUAUAUGUGACAAAUUCAACUCGUCAGAUUCUUCAAUAUCAAGUUCUGAACAUGAUCUGAAUGUUGUAAUGUAUUAAAUUUUAGAGUGUGAAAAAU